AUGUCUGAUGAUGAAUUUAUAGAUGAAUAUGAUGAUAUUUAUUCAAAACUAUGUCAAGAAGCACAAGAUUUUUUAAUAAUUAAAGAUAUUGAAAGAAUUGAAAAACCAACAGCAUUAGAAUUUUAUAGAGAAUAUGUUUCACAAAAUAAACCAGUUAUUAUUACAGGAUUAUUAGAAAAUUGGAAAGCAUAUAAAGAAUGGAGUGAUGAUUAUUUAGAGAAUGUAAUGAAAGAUGUUGAAGUAACAGUUUCAAUUACAAAUGAUGGUUUAGCUGAUGCAGUUAAACCAAUUAAUGAAAAUGAUCCAAAAAGUGAAAGAGUAUUUUGUAAACCAUUUGAAAAGAAAAUUAAAUUUCAAGAAUAUAUUAAACAUUCAAAGAAAUCAUCAAAAGAAAAUAAAAAUAAAUUAGCAUAUUAUAUCCAAUAUCAAAAUAAUAGUUUAAAUGUUGAAUAUGAUAAAUUAUUAAAUGAUAUAGAUGAAUCGGUUAUUGAUUUCGCUAAAGAAGCAUUUGGUAGUAAUAUAGAUGCAACUAAUUUUUGGAUGGGUCAAGACAAAUCAGUUUCAUCACUUCAUCAAGAUCCAUAUGAAAAUAUGUAUUGCGUUGUAAGGGGUACUAAAAUAUUCACUUUAUUGCCACCAAUAGAUUACCCAUUCCUAUAUAAAUCUGAAUUCCCAUCUGCAUCAUUUGUUAAUGUUGGUUGUGAUGAUAAUGAUGAAAAUAUUAAAUUAGAGAUUCAAAUUGAUAAUGAUCCAAAAAUGAAUAUACCAUGGAUACCUGUUGACCCAACUGAAACUUUAGAAAAUAAUAUUAAACUUGGUUAUCCUUUAAUUGAAAGAGCUCAUCCAAUAACCAUUAGAGUUGAAGCUGGUGAAGUUUUAUAUUUACCAUCACUUUAUUUUCAUAGGGUUGCUCAAGAAUCAAAUAAAACUUCAAACUCAUUAUCAACAAUAGCAAUAAAUUAUUGGUUCGAUAUGAAAUAUGGUAUAAACUAUGUUUAUUUUCAAUUUUUAAAAGAAACUACAAAAUAUCAAAAACAAAUUAAAAAUAAAAAUAAAAAAUAA